GAGCCCGCCGACUUCUCUUAGUCAUGGCGUCCCGCGUCCUACACCAGUGCGUCCGCUCUCUUGCCCGACCCUCGCUGCGGCUUCUGUCCGGCAACACGGUGAUGAGAGCCGCUGCGGGCCCCGCAGCAGCCGCCCUCCGACCUGUCUCGUUCGCCGCAGCCAGCCGGAGGACGCGGUGGCUCGGCCAGAGCGCGAUCUCCUCCGGCGUGCUGUGCCGACAGUACGGUGACCUGCCCCCCCUCACUCUAGAGACCAUCAAAGACAGAGUCAUCUACGUCCUCAAGCUCUACGACAAGAUUAACCCCGAGAAGCUGCAGACAUCCUCCCACUUUAUGAAAGACUUGGGUCUGGAUAGCCUGGACCAAGUGGAGAUCAUUAUGGCCAUGGAGGAUGAGUUUGGCUUUGAGAUUCCUGACGCAGAAGCAGAGAAGUUGAUGACUCCCUCGGAGAUCGUGCAGUACAUUGCAGACAAGAAGGAUGUCUAUGAGUAAAACUUUGGAGGAAAAAAAAAAAACAGUGUCACACCAUCCAACCUCCACAGGACGAUGACGCCAAAUAAUUGGUUCACGUGCCCACCGUUGGCGCUUCUCUUUGUGUUGUCGGCAUCUACUCGCAUUUGUAUUUAAAUGAACAGCUCAAAUAAACUGUUUUCCCCUGCA